AUGGAGUACCAGCAGCAUCUACAACAGCAACAACAUGACAUGUCUUUAUAUCAACCUGUGUUGCAACAGCAGCAACAGCAUCAACACCAGAUGCAACAGGUGAUACAACCUCCUCAACAGAUAAAGGCAAGGAUUGAGCAUAUUGAUGCGUUGGAGAUGCCAGAAGACAUCAUGAAGCCCUUUGAGGACAUCAGUGCCGAUGAGGACAGUGAAGAUGAUGAUCUUUCCGAUGAUGAAAGCUAUGACUCCUCAAACAGCAGUGGCGCUGAAGAGGAUGACGAAGCUGAGCAACACGAGGACGAAGAGGACUCCAAGCUCAAGAAACAACCUCGUGCCACCACCUCAAAGAAGGCGGCGGCAGCCACAUCAAAGACGACGACCACGACCAAAGUGGCCAAGACAGCACCUGCUGACAAGACUGCCGACAAGAAGAAGAAGCCUCCCAAUGCAUUCAUUCUGUUCUCUCAACAGAAGCGCAAGGAGCUCAAGAAGGCCAAUCCACAAUUCUCCAACGCUCACAUAUCCACUUUACUCGGUCAAGAGUGGAUGGCACUGCAUCCAUCCGAGAAGAAGAGCUUCUCUGAGCGUGCUGCAAAGAUCAGAGACGAGCAAGAUCAUUCAUAG